GUCCACUGGCCUUCUUUCCUCAGUGGAAGCUGAAACAUUAUGAUGUUAUUGUAGGUGUUUUGUCAGCUCGACACAAUCAUGAACUGCGCAGUGUUAUAAGGAACACUUGGUUCAAGCACCUGAAACAACAUCCUGCACUGAGCCAACGUGUCCUUGUGAAGUUUAUAAUAGGUGCUCAUGGGUGUGCUGUGCCAGUGGAGGACAGAGAAGAUCCCUACUCCUGCAAACUUCUGAACAUCAGUAACCCAGUUUUGAAUCAGGAAAUUGAAGCAUUCAGUCUCCCUGAGGACAUACCUUCUGUGCUAUCUGAAGACAGAAUUGUCAGUGUGAACUUUCGUGUACUUUACCCCAUUGUCAUUACCAGUCUUGGGGUAUUUUAUGAGGCUGAUGGGGUGGGAUUCCAGAGGAACAUCACUGUAAAACUGUACCAGGCAGAACAUGAGGAAGCUCUCUUCAGUGCUCGCUUUAGUCCACCAAGCUGUGGAGUGCAAGUGAACAGAUUGUGGUACAAGCCAGUAGAACAGUUCAUUUUGCCAGAGAGUUUUGAAGGUACCAUUGUGUGGGAAAGCCAGGAUCUUCAGGGCCUUGUUUCAAGAAACCUUCAUAAAGUGGUGGUGAAUGAUGGAGGGGGUGUUUUCAGAAUCAUUACAGCAGGGGAAGGGUCACUGCCACAUGAACUCACUGAAGGUGUGGAGGGAAUAGCAGGUGGUUUUAUCUACACUGUUCAAGAAGGUGAUGCUCUUUUAAAAAGCCUCCAUACUCGCCCAGAAAGGUUUACGAGUCACAUAAAAAAUCUUGAAAAAGAAGAUGGUUUAUUGAAGGAAGAAAGCAGUACCUAUGAUGAUAUUGUUUUUGUAGAUGUUAUUGACACUUACAGAAAUGUUCCAGCCAAACUGCUGAACUUCUACCGAUGGACAGUUGAAUCAACGAGUUUUGAUUUGUUGCUGAAGACAGAUGAUGACUGUUACAUUGAUUUGGAGGCGGUUUUUAGCAGGAUAAUGCAGAAAAAAUUGGACAGACCAAACAUUUGGUGGGGAAAUUUCAGACUAAAUUGGGCAGUUGAUCGAACUGGGAAAUGGCAAGAGCUGGAAUACCCAAGUCCUGCAUAUCCAGCCUUUGCUUGUGGGUCUGGCUACGUCAUCUCCAAAGACAUUGUUCAGUGGCUGGCAAGCAACUCUGAAAGAUUAAAGACAUACCAGGGUGAAGAUGUGAGUAUGGGCAUCUGGAUGGCAGCUGUAGGACCCAAGCGAUAUCAAGAUAGUCUCUGGUUGUGUGAGAAGACAUGCGAGAGUGGCAUGCUGUCUUCACCCCAGUAUUCUCCACAGGAACUGAAAGAGCUCUGGAGAUUAAAGGAACUGUGUGGAGAUCCUUGUAGGUGUGAGGAAAGAUGAUGGACUUGCCUUGGAAAACAGGGUAGCAUAUAAUGAUUGUGAAAAAGUGUACAUUUGGAUUCAUUCUUGGAACAAUAAGGAAUAUUAAGGUAUCUUUUAAUGUUGAGUUUCAACUAAAGUAUAACAAUAUUUGCACAUCCCUUUUGAUAAUUACAACUGGACUCAUACUAUUCAUUUUCUAUAGUAUAGAUGUUGAUCUGACAAAACUUAAAAUGUUUAAGAUAAAAAAUUUCCUUUUUAUAUAAAGUCAAAAACUUACUUGUAAUUAAUAAAUGCACAUAAGAAUACCGACUAGCCUGUCUUUUGUAAAUUAAAGACUACUGAUUUAACUCAGUAUAGAGCCUUACCAGGAUCCAGUGGAGAGCUGUGCUCAGCACCAGGGCAUCUGAUAAGUCUUGC